AUGGCAACGGGCACAGUUACUCAAACCGAGCCAGCCAGCUCUGGUAUAGAAUUAAAAGCUGUCUCCCCCUUAGACAAAAGUAGCUCCGGGGAUGUCGAGAAAGCCGGAAUCACAGACCCCGAAGAUGUCAGUAGUAAUACUACUCCACCACCAGAGGCAGUGGAGGCUCUCCAGAAAUGGAACUCCCCGCCAAUACACAAAUAUCGUGUCUUUGCAACGUUCUGGGCAUUCUUCGUUUUGGGAAUGAAUGAUGGUUCAUAUGGUGCCUUGAUUCCUCACCUCGAAACAUACUACAACCUGGACUAUACUGUCGUCUCCCUCGUAUUUCUGUCCCCUUUUGCAGGCUACACCCUCGCCUCAUUAUCCAACAACUUUGUGGUAAUGUACAUCUUUGUCGGCUUCGGCAAUGGCCUCAUCGAUGCAGCCUGGUGCGCCUGGAUAGGCAACAUGGCGAAUGCACAUGAGUUGUCAGGCAUGAUCACGUCGGGCAACCUAGGCUGGUAUUCUUUCUACUACGUUAUGCUCGCUGGCUCAGCAGUUGAACUCCUCACCUCAGCCUCCACAUUCUGGAGUCAAACAGGAGCCACAUAUCUGGCCGAGAACCCCCGCACGGCAGGAGAAAAGUCAGGCCGUACUCGCGAAGCUCUGAGAAACAAAGUCACCUGGAUCUUUGCGAUUUUUAUCUUAGCAUAUUGCGGCGCAGAAGUUUCCCUAAGUGGCUGGAUAGUAGUGUUCAUGACCCGCGUCCGCGGCGCUAGCUCCUUCGCCGGAGGAGCAUCAGCAACGGGUUUCUGGGGCGGGAUGACCGUGGGCCGCCUCUUCCUCGCCUUCCUUACCUCGCGUAUAGGAGAGAACAAAUCUAUGAUGAUAUACCUCGGCUUAAGCGUUGUUCUCGAAUUGAUUUUCUGGCUUGUCCCGAAUUUGGUAGUGAGCGCUGUUUCGGCAGCAUUACUAGGCAUGUUUAUGGGGCCCAUGUUUCCCACAGCCAUAGUGGUCACAACCAAACUAUUGCCACGCUCUCUCCACGUUGGCGCCAUUGGAUUCGGCACCGCAUUCGGUGGCUCUGGCGGAGCCAUUCUUCCUUUCAUGGUGGGCGCCAUCGCGCAAGCCAGAUGCGUUAAAAGCCUCCAACCAGUUAUCCUUGCCCUCUUAGUUGUGCUUGGGAUACUGUGGGCUAUCUUGCCUCGCACGCUGCAGAAGGACCACGGACAUUCUGACAAGGGUAUAGCUGCUGGAACUAGAAACUCGGAUCCGGUGGAGAGUUGA